AUGGCCAAUCACUUCCUUCUAACCAUUAUCCUUGUGGCUUUGGCAUCUUCCUUUGCCCAUGCCUCCGAUCCUAGCCCGUUGCAGGAUUUCUGUGUUGCAAUUGAUGAAACCAAGGAUGCAGUGUUCGUGAACGAGAAGUUUUGCAAGGAUCCAAAGCUUGCCACAGCUGAUGAUUUCUACUUUUCUGGUCCCAAGAUGCUCGGUCUCCACAUUCCCAGAAGUACAUCAAAUCGAGUUGGGUUGAAUGUGACUCAAGUAAACGUUGAACAAAUCCCAGGACUCAACACUCUUGGUAUCUCAUUAGUUCGUAUUGACUAUGACCCCAAUGGCCUCAAUGCACCCCAUAGCCACCCUUGUGCUACCGAAAUCCGUGUUGUCCUAGAGGGUACCCCUCCAUGUUGGCUUUGUCACUUCCAAUUCCGAUCUUGGCAACCGCCUCUUCACCAAGGUCCUACGCAAAGGAGAUGUCUUUGUGUAUCCGGUGGGUCUCAUUCACUUCCAAUUCAAUGUGGGCAAAUCUAA